UAUCAUAUAUAUACAACAAACCCUCGUUCACACGCCUUUUCUCUUAUCAGUUAUCCCCCUCCAUUUCCUUGCAACCAACCAACAACAAUUAACCGGAAAUUUUCCUCUCAAAUCCUAUUAAAUUAACAUUCUAAUUUCACCUCUUGUUAAUUCGAAUUGACUUACUGUUUUUCAGUCCUCGAAUUUAUCGGAAAAAACAAAACAGAAAUUGAAAUCUAGGGUUUCGAAUUCGUGUUUUGAUUGACGAAUCUGUCAUGGCGAACUCCGGAAAGCAAGAUAUGGUUGACGAUCAUGUAGAUCAAUCUAAUGGAGACGAUUACACGGACACUGUAUCGGUUUCUUCGGCCGGUGUUGAAACCUCAACCGUUGGAUCACGUGAGAUUGGACUGUCGGAGCGAUUGACGGACAUAUUUGUUGAAGAAGGAGACGGAGAUUUGUUGCUUCAACGGAGCGAUCGUGAAGAUAGGGUUUUGCUGUGGCUUCAGGCUCUUGAUAUGCAAGUCAUGGGAGCUUGUCGCGCCGAUGAGCGAUUGAAGCCGUUGUUGAAGUCUAAUGCUUCAAGCGGAGUCGCCGAGGAUCGGUUAUUGGCUCAUCUGAGUCAGCAUUUUGAGCCGUCGGAAGUGUGUAUGUUAGCCAGGUGUUUUUGCAUACCACUUGUGUCAAUUCGAGUUGGAAAAAUAAACAAGCAAGGGAGCCUACUAUGCCCAGCUUCAAUUAGAGGGAAUCUAAGUCUUACGAUCUUGCCAACAUCUGAUUUGCGACUCUCGUUCAUUGGAGAUGAUGGUCAUACAGAAAGACUGUUUACCCUGAGCUGCAAAUCUGAGUGCUCUGCUGUUGUAAUUGAUGAGAUCCCAGCAGAUCAUUCUGGUCGAUCAUUUCUUAUAGAGAUCCCAGAUAGCAGAGUUUCAUACUUCUGGUGCUCAGAGAAGUCCAAGCUUUUGGGCAUUGAAUUGAUUUCAAAGAUGAAAGAUCUUAUCAAAAGGAAACCUUCAAUUGCUGAAUUAACUGGAAUCAGUGAGUCGCGCCUUGGAUAUCUAGCAACUCACCUUCGUGCCUAUCUUGUGGGAUCAUCGUUGAGCAACACCCGAGCAAGUUGUGCAAAGUCACUUUCUCCUUCAUGUGGUACCACAUCUGAUUUCUCAGAUUCAGUUCAAAAUACUCAAUGCCAGUCCUCAUCCUCUAAGUCUUUGCGAUCUCGGCACAAUGGCAGUCAAGCUGUAAAGGCAAAUUCAAUCUACCAGGGUAGCCUCAGUCCAAGAUCAAGUUCCUUUAAGGAGGGUCUGCCCAGAAGCUUGUCCUCUCUAAGAAGUGCUGCUGCUAGAGAAAAGUUAAGGCGCCGAGGUGAUGGCUAUCUGUCUGCUGUUGACAACUUGACAGUUUCUUCACCUUUUACUACUGAUGAAUCAUGUUCCAGUCAAUCUGAAACUGGCAAUAAUAUUUCAGAAGGCAGAAGUUGCCAAUUCUCUCCCGCUUUUCUGGAGUCGCUUGGGAAAAUUUCUGUCCCUACAACCUCAAGCCAAUCGACUGAAGUCUCCUCUGUAGGUUCACCUCUUUUGUCUCCUUACUAUUGUUGGUGCCCUCUAGGUGUGUCAUCAUCAUUGCAACAUCCAGCAUUUUCUUCACAACUCCCAGCCUCAUCAAGCGAACCACCUUUACUCCCGCCACUUUCUUCCUUGUUAUCAGCUAAUGGAUCUGCCAGUUUGUUGGCACCAACUCCACCUCUCAAUCUUGCUGACAUUCCUUCGCUGGAUUUCCCAGCUUUCCUGCCAGAUCCGUUGGUUCGGUUGCAAGUGCCAAGUUCUCAGCAGAUACCAACUUUCACACCAUUGAUGUGUGACCCAAUUGUUCACAUUCCAGUGAUUGAUGUUUGCUCUUCAGGUCAAGGCUACCUGGUGAGUGCUGGUCCUGGUAUAUCAACUACGAUUCCUCCAUUGCACCCAAAACUUGUGAAUCCAAUGAUUACUGAGAGUGAGUCAGUGGUAGAGAAUGGUGCAAGAGAGACAUUGCGGCUACUCAUUAGUGGUUCAACUCAGACCAAUCCUCCAUUGAUUGAUGUGUUACCUGCUGUUCUGACUAAUGUUGAUGAGAACCAAAGCUUUUUUCUUGCAGGUAGCCGGGGUCUGUAUUGUGGAACCAGAGAUGUUGAUGCUAUUGGGAAAAGCAUUGCCUUGGUUUCAUUUUCUGGGAGUUCAAGUAUUGGACAGAUGACAUAUGAGAGCAUUGAUGACAAGGUGGAUGCAUCGCCGGAGGAUUCAAAUAUUGUUAAUUCUGAUGAUGAGAGUAGCCAUAUGCCAAAUUUGAAUGAUGAAAGUACAGAAGGAUAUUAGAAUAUCUUCCGAUUUGUUAUUUUUAUUUUGUUUGUAGAUCUGUACGUGCUACGUUCCAAAAUGUAGAUAUAUGGUUGCAGUUGUGACAUUUUGAAUUGUAAUUAGUUACAAAUCCAGCCUUCUUUUCUUCUUGUCC